CCCCAAACACUGCACACGGUGGUGACGGGGCUUGAAAUUCCAGACGAAGACGAGGCAGGGAAAUACUCUCUUCCUCCUUCCCACCGAGGGGGAGAUGGAGAUGAAAAGAUGGAGAGAUAGGAAGAAAGUAGAAGAGAGGGUGGAGCUGAGGAGAGGAAAAUAAUCUCUCUUUUAACUCGUCAGCAAGUGGUGUGUCUGUCCUCUUUCCUCCCUUCAUUUCUUUGACUCGUUCACUUUAAUGAGUGUUAUCUUCCUUCCUUACACUUUACCCCCGACUCCCGAUUCCUCUCUCCCCGCUACUCCCAUUCUGCCCCUUCCGGUAGCUCCUUUUCCCUCCCUCAAGCUCCCUCAGCCUACUAGCACCCCAUUCCUUCCCUCCGCUCUCCGAACCCGAGGGGGGAGAAAAUCUCCCCCUUUCAACCUUCGAGAAAUCCUUGGGACCUCGCACGCCAUGGUGUUGGCCGUGACACUCUCUUGACGUUGCCCAUGCCAAGGGCUCGGCAGCUGGGCGUCUUGGCGGCGAAAAAGCAGACCAGAACCAGAACUACUCUAUCCCCCCCCUCCCCCCUUCCCUUCCGCU